AAACACUAUAUAGUGUUGAUGUUGAACGUUUAAAUACUACAUAAUAUUAUUUUUUAUAUAUUUAAUUAUUGUGAGCUUUUUUACUCAUUAUGCCACAGGGAAAAUUCAAAAAUAAAUCUCAAGUUUCAUUUUCAAAGAAAAAGAGGAACGAACCAAGUAAAAGUAGAAAAGCAUGUCCAAUGCCUUCAAAAAAACACAAGUAUGAAGAAGGUCAGCGGAUUAAACGCAUGAUAAGUAAAAAUGUUAACAAAAUGGCUGAAGACGAUUUAAGAUCAUUGGCUAUGGAUARCAAGAAAGUGUUCCUUUCAAAGAAGAAGAAGCAAGUUGCACAAACAGUUAAAGCUACAGACCCUAAACCUAAACAAAUCAAGGUUACACAAAAAUGAUCUUGCCAUGUUAAAAUAAUAUGUAUAAUAUAAAUUAUUUUGAAAAUAUAUAGAUAUUCAAAUUUAAAUAAU